CUGGUGCUCAGGCGCCACUUCUGACCAGCGGCGAGGGCGCAUAGAACCCGCAGCCAACUCGCCGCCAGUCGUAAGGGAGCACCUACAUACAGACAAAUCGCCCUUUUGAGCCCGCUGGAUCAUCUAUCAGCAAGAUCGUCGCGAGGUUGAAAUGAACUACACUAACGACAGACGCCGCGCCUGGUACGCCCAUCCAUCGAAGCCAGCUACUCCUUCGCCACUGCUUCGCCGUCCUUCGCGCCACCCUUCCAAAAUCAUCUUCAUCGCCCCCGUUCCAAAACCCCUCCAUCUCCGCCCUGCCAUUCAUCACCGGCCAUCCGGAAACCCCUCAUCACCGCCCUCCCGCAACAGCCCCACCAGUCCCUUCGACCGCUCAUUCACGACACGGCCUAGUGCAUCGAUAUGACUGCCUCGCUGAUUUGGGCGACUCGGCGCGCAGACGUCUUCGCUGCCUCGGCGCGCUGGGCGUCUUCAUCGACUCCGCGCGUUAGCGUCUUCAGCGACUCGG